AUGAAACAAAAAGUUUCAAUAAUUUUUGUUAAACUCAUAUCUAACUAUCACUUUAUAUUCGUACCUUCUAUCUCCGCAACUUUCAAGCUUGUCAAAAGGUUCGAAAGUGGCGACAUUCAACCUGAAGAAUGGCUUGAUGUAAUGGCUUUUCGACAAAUAGAAAAUAUCCAUAAGAAAGUCAGCUCAACUUCUACUGAUUCGUUUCUAUAUAUCGACUUGCCUAAAUUUGAUUUCCCAGUUGUUUACGGUGAAAUGGAAUAUGAAUUACCCGGGCCGUUUUCCUUGGUUAACGCGAAUGGACAAACCACAAGUGAACAGCAGCAACAGGCACUGAUGAUGACGGCUAUGAACCAGCCCAUUUACUCGUAUACUGCUACUGAAAAGGAUCAUCACCAUCAAAAAUCGGUCAAAUACGCGGCUAUAUUAGACAUGGAUAUGCAACGCGACAAUCCAGUAGAAGCUAAACAUCGGCGACUUGUUCGCAGUCAUCGUAAUGGACCGUUGGAUCGAGACCUUAAGCCUAAUCCCAAAAUACGUGAUGAGUUGAAUAGUAUUAUGUCUUAUCCCCCAACGCAGACCUUGACUCCUGAAGAGAAAGAUUUAGUUUGGAAAUUCAGGUUCUAUCUUACGAGAGAGAAAAGGGCAUUGACGAAAUUCUUAAAGUGCGUUGUAUGGACUGAUCCCAUAGAAGCUAGACAAGCAGUUGAUCUUUUGCCCCUUUGGGUAGACAUUGAUGUUGAUGAUGCGUUAGAACUGCUAAGCAAGGAUUUUGAGAAUAGAUCCGUUCGCUCCUAUGCUGUGAAUCAAUUGAAAAAGGCGGAUGAUGAUGAUUUGUUAUUAUAUUUGCUUCAACUUGUUCAAGCUUUAAAAUUCGAAUAUACAGAUGAUAAUGACCCCAAUCCCAAUAAUUCAUCGCUUGUUCAAUUUCUGAUUGAUAGAGCCGUUAGUAAUCCCGUCUUGGGUACUUAUCUGCAUUGGUAUGUUAUGGUAGAAUGCGCAGACAAGGUGCAUGGAAAACUAUACGCCAAGGUUGCAUACCAUUACUUUCAGGACCUUCUCGAGAUACCCAACGGAUUUAGUAGACGAAACGAGUUAAGAAGUCAAGGCGAAUUGAUUGCUCAACUGGCAGAGUUAGCAGCCGAUAUCCGUACUCUUAAAGACACGCGAGCCAAGAAAAUUGAUUAUCUACGAACCAGACUCGCCGAUCCGAAAAAGCGGUUUCAUGAUUUUCAACCUUUAACGCUCCCUCUUGAUCCUACCAAGACGAUUAAAGGCAUCAUUUCAUCGAAAUCAAGCAUUUUCAAUAGUAAUUUGCAGCCGUUGCGAAUUACUUUUCAGUGCGAGGAUGAAACGGAAUAUCCCAUCAUUUUCAAAUUUGGUGAUGAUUUACGGCAAGAUCAGUUGGUUAUUCAGAUCAUUUCGUUAAUGAAUAAGCUACUAUUGAAAGAAAACUUGGACUUGAAGUUAACGCCUUACAAAGUGCUAGCUACGGCUUCAGACCAAGGAAUGAUGCAAUUUGUGCCCUCAAGUUCUCUUGCUGCCGUCUUGAAUGAGCAUCAAAAUAAUGUUCUAAGCUUCUUUAGACAGCAUCACCCAUGCGCGGAGCCAAACAAUGUAUAUGGCAUAGAUCCCAAAGUUAUGGAAACCUACACUCGCAGCUGUGCUGGUUACUGUGUCAUCACGUACUUAUUAGGCGUGGGUGAUCGUCAUUUAGACAACCUUUUACUUUCUCCUGAUGGCCACUUAUUCCACGUUGAUUUUGGUUAUAUACUCGGAAGAGAUCCAAAGCCCUUUCCUCCUCCUAUGAAGCUAUGCAAGGAAAUGAUUGAAGCAAUGGGAGGGGCAAACUCUAAGCAUUAUCUGAACUUUCAACAAUAUUGCUACACAGCGUUCACAACUCUACGUAGAAAUGCAAAUCUUAUACUUAAUCUGUUCUCAUUAAUGGUGGAUGCCAAUAUACCAGAUAUCAAAAUCGAGCCAGAAAAAGCAGUAAUGAAGGUUCAAGAAAAGUUUAGGCUCGACCUAUCAGAAGAAGCUGCAAUUGCCUAUUUCAGAGGACUGAUAUCAGAAAGUGUGAAUGCUCUAUUCCCGCAAAUUAUGGAAACAGUUCAUAAAUGGGCGCAAUACUGGCGAAAAUAA